CCAUCACUUGUGGAUCAAAGUGUUGGUGAUGUUCGCGAAGACAGUAAACGCUUAGAUAAUAGACCGAAAACCUCUGACAUCUCGAAUGGCAACGAAAACAGAGGCAAGAAUGUUGUGCCAAAUGCUGUUAACUCGGGAUCUAAUGGCGAGUCCGACGGCGACUACAAGUGUCCGAUCGAUGGCUGCGGGAAGAGCUUCACGACUGCAUUGCGAUUGAGUUAUCACACGACUCGUCACACCAUUCAAAUGCGAUUACGAGAAUGCGAGUCCGACGGCGACUACAAGUGUCCGAUCGAUGGCUGCGGGAAGAGCUUCACGACUGCAUUGCGAUUGAGUUAUCACACGACUCGUCACAGUAUAGAAAAGCCAUUCAAAUGCGAUUACGAGAACUGCAACUCUGCGUUCACAUUCAAGGGACGGCUCGUCGCCCACCAGAAGACGCACGAGAAUCAGAGACAACGGUGCGAACCGGACGACCAGUUCGUUGACUCGACCACAAACUCUGUCUUAAAGAAAGACACAAAUGUUGUGCCAAACGAUUGUAAUUCUGGGUCUAAUGGCGAGUCCGACGGCGACCACAAGUGUACGGUCGACGGCUGCGGGAAGAGCUAUACGACUGCAAUGCGAUUGAGUCAUCAUCUGUACCUUCACAUUCUGGGAAAGCCAUUCAAAUGCGAUUACGAGAACUGCGACUUUGUCUUUUCCAAAAAAUGGUGGCUUCAGAAGCACAAGAAAACGCACGAAAGGGCCCGCGAAAGGGCCCGCAAUGCGCCGGAACAGUACGACUUAUGCUAUGACACCACUCUUAAGAUGUAUGUCUGUCCCAACAGUGAGUGCGACAAGAGGUUUGCCACUCGCUAUCGGUUAUUAUCUCACAUACGGCUCGUUCACAAGAAAACGAACGAAAGGCGCAAUGCGCCGGAACAGUACGACCGAUGCUAUGACACCACUCUUCAGAUGUAUGUUUGUCCCAACAGUGGCUGCGACAAGAGGUAUACCACACGCGAGAAGUUGUAUAAUCACGCGCGAAGAAUUCACGUCGACCGCCGGUUUGUUUGCGAUUACGUCGGCUGUGGUAAGGCGUUCAAAAAUAACCAAGAUUGUCUUAUACACCGGACCAGUCAUAUGCCCCGCCGGGAAAAGCCGUACGCCUGUCCGCACCCGGGCUGUGACUACAGGGCCUCACAAAAUCAACUAAUUAGGCGACAUAUGGAGACACACGGCGGCAAUGAGCCAGUGUUUGUGUGUCCGGUCGACGGGUGCGGAAAGUCUUAUCCGAGAUCUGGUAGUCUAAAGCAUCACAAGAGAGCCGCGCACACUAUAGCGGCCCAUACCGUACGGCGCAAGACCUAUGCCUGUCAGCACCCGAACUGUGGCCGCAGUUAUUUCAGUAGCACUACUCUUAGGCUGCAUUCGGCCCAACACUGCGCCGAACCCACCCUUCGGUGUCGUCGCGAAGACUGUCCCGAAAUGUUUGGGUCGAGCGCUGCGUUAGUCAGACAUAUGAAGAGUGUUCACAAUUGGAAGCAAACAAGAUCUGUGGAGAAGAAGUACGCGUGCGAAUGGCCCGGAUGUGAAUAUAAGGGCAGUCUAUAUAAAAUGAGAGAACACCGCACGACCCACACCGGCCUCAAGGAGUACGCCUGUGAUUGGCCAGAAUGUGGUAAACGGUUCGGCCGGAGUUCAUUGCUUAGAAACCCACACAAA